AUGUCAUCGCAGCGCUUCUACACCGGCGAUGAGCAGGGCCUCGUCAAAGUCGUGACCAUCACAGAACCCGUCGUGGUCAAGCCCAAGCGUGUCCGCAGGAACCAACCCACCCCGGAAGCUCUCCCUAAUCCAGUCCCAACCGUCGAGACCUGGGGUAUUCCUGAUCGUGAGAAGGCUAUUCAAUUGCUGUGCUGGGACUCGGAAAAGAAGCAUCUCGCCGUCGCUCGCAAGAAUGGACUUGUUCAGUUGUUGGAUCCCAAGGAUGGAACUGUCACCACAGAGUUCAAGCACACCCUUGGCAAGGAGGGCAAGAUCGAUACUGUCUUUGUCGGAUUAUUCGCCAGUUCCGAGUCGGUUAUUACAUGCACCAGCACUGGUCGUCUUGUUGUGCAAUCAAUUGCGGAUCACUCAAAGACAACUGUACUGGAGGUCGGAAAGGAUAUCUGCAGGAUGAGAGUUCACCCUCGGGAACACCACAUUGUCGCCACAGGAGGCAAGGAGCAAGAACUCACUCUUUGGGACCUCAAGGCUCUCAUUAAGGACCCAGCAGCAGAGGAAGAGACACCAGAGCCAGCAACAAAGAAGGGCAAGAAGAACAGCAAAAAGGCAGCACCUGCACCAACACCUGCACCGGCAAAGGGGGAACCCGAGGUCCGCUACAAGUCUAAGGAUAUCCUCGCCAACGGCCAGAUCUUCAAGGCCAAGAACGUCAAGAACGACUACCUGGACUUGCGCGUUCCUGUCUGGAACACGGAUCUGCAGUUCUUGAACCAAUACGAUACCUCCAGGAUCGCUGUCGGCACACGGCACCACCAGAUCAGAGUCUACGAUGUCAAGAGCGGAGCCAGGAGACCUGCGGUCGAUGCUGAGGUGGGCGAGAUGCCUGUGGUCGCCAUGGCCAACGGCAAGGACGGAAGUGAGAUUAUCUUUUCUGACACCGUGACGAACGUUUACUCUGUUGAUACCCUUACCGGCGCCAUUAUCGGACAAUACAAAGGAUUCACUGGAGUGGCAACGGCAUUGGCAACAUUUAACCCCUUCGAGAACGAUUCGGCCGCACACCUUGUCACAGUCGCCAUGGACCGUUGCUUACGUGUGCACGAGAUGACCAAAACCAGGAAACUUCUGCACAAGGUCUACCUCAAGCAGCGUAUGACCGCCGUCGUCGUUGGAGAAUACACCCCUGCCGAGAUCGCUGAGGAUGAGGAGGAUGGCGUGGUGUCGAGCAAGAAGAAGCGGGCUGAGGGAGGCGAGGGUGAUGACGAUGAGAACGAUGAUGAUCUCUGGGAGAGUAUGGGCAAGCUGGAAGAUAAGAAGAGCAAGAAGAGGAAACUCGCCAAGGAGUAA